AGGAAGGUAGGAGGCAGGUUACGACAUAUGAAUGGUGGACUGAAGGAGAGGAAACAAGGUAGCAGGGAUGGGAGGUGAGGAAUGAAACAAAAAGCAGGUCUGAGAUGGAUGGAGGGAAGGAAGGAAGGCACCAAAGUAGUUUCAAGAUAAGGAAGGAUACAAAAUUACAAGUGGGUCUGAAGGAAAGGAGGAGGUCCAGAAGAAAACUGAAGGUCUGAUGUGCCAGAGAAGGAAGGAUAUUCGGAAGGAAAGAAGAAACUCAGAUCAUAAUUGAAAGAGAGGAUCCAAGGAAGGAAGAAAAGUAAGGAAAGACAAGUAGGUCUGUGGUGGAAGGAAAGAAAACAAAAAGGAAGAACAAGUCUGAGGUGGAAGGGUGCUAAUUAGGAAGAAAGGAGCAUAGAAAGGAAAGACGAAAAAUGCUCACAGGAGGAGGGAUGUAAAAUAUGGUCUGGGGUGGCAGGGUAGAAAGAAGGGUGAAGGAAAGAAGAAAAAAAAGGAGGUUUACGUGAAAGAAGUAAGGAAAGAGGAUGGAAGAUGGUCAGGAAGGAAAAGAUGCUGGGGGGGGGGGGGGGGGUAGGAUAGGGGGGGGGAACGAUACACAAGAAAUAGCGAGUCUCAGUCAGGAAAGAAGGAAGUCUGGACGUGAUGUCUUGGACGGCGGAGGCUUGGAUGUAGAUUUCUACAUCUCCUCUCCCUCUGGCCAGAUUCUCUACACUGACCAUCACAAGUCAGAUGGAAUGCACACUGUGGAGACAGAGGACGGGGACUACAUGUUCUGCUUCGACAACACGUUCAGCAGCGUCUCAGAGAAGCUGGUCUUCUUCGAGCUCAUCCUGGACAACAUGGACACCGACGAGGAGCCCGACGACUGGAAGGAGUACGUGCACGGCACCGACAUGUUGGACAUGAAGCUGGAGGACAUCAUGGAUACCAUCAAUAGCGUGAAGUCGCGGCUGGGCAAGAGCGUGCAGAUCCAGACGGUACUCCGCGCCUUCGAGGCCCGCGACCGCAACCUGCAGGAGAGCAACUUUGACCGGGUCAACUUUUGGUCGGUAGUCAACCUGAUGGUCAUGAUGCUGGUGUCGGGCGUGCAGGUCUACUUGGUCCGCUCGCUCUUCGAGGACAAGAGGAAGAUCCGCAUGUAACAAACUUUGUAGGGAGAGGCAUGGAGGUCCUGUUAAAAAAACAACAACACUGUUUGGGAUGUUUCAGAAACACAACAAAUGAGCCUCACGAUUUUUUUUUUCUCUUCAGUCUACUGGAUAUUGAAGUUGAGGCAAGUUCUAUUUGUCAACAUCAUUGCUGUAAGUUUUUAUUACUGAGCGGACUCACUAGGCUUUUAUCGUUGGGAGGAGGCUUAGCCCGAACAUGUGUCAUACUACUUUGCGUGGAACUAAAUGUUUGAUUGAGCUGUCAAAUGUCAGCCAAACAAAUGAAUGUCAAACCUACACACACAACUUUCCUUUUAGAAACACUGCAUUAUUUCAGAAAUGACAUCAUGUUUAUUUCCAGCCUACAUUUCCACACAGUGUUACGUUCAAUUGAUUUUCUUAUGGCGUAUAAUCUACUGUCAAUAGUGUUGACCUCUUUUAUUGACUGUUACAAUCAGAAAUAAAGAUUAAUAUAAACUGA